CGUGACAAUAAGUAUACAGAAAUCAAGCAGAAACAAGCAAAAGUUUACCAAAAUUAUCAUUAUCAUGGCCUCUCAAAUAAUAACUGGGGUGCGUGGACUGUUGACAGCCGCCAAAGGACUGUUCCAUGUCGUGUAUGCCAUGGACCAGGGAUCAUUCGAUGCAGAGGCCCUCGCACCGUCACCGGAAGCCGAGGGGAAGUUUGUGGCCCACUACAAGUGCAACUUGGCCAUUCAGCGGGGAAUGUACUUCGCUCUCCGUAUGCCCGACUGGGCCUCCGAAUUUAAGAAGCAAACCCACGACAUUCUGGCCACAACACUGAAACAUCACGUGGACCUGCCAAAGGAGAAGCCGAACAACGCUUCGGGCUCCCAGAAAAAGCUGCGGGGAUGCUUCUAUGAGGAACAACUGCAUUCCCCCCCCGAGGAGAGCAAGCCAAUCCGAUCGCCCAAGAUCAAAGACGACAUCACAUGCGGCAAACGUGUGCCUGUCUAGAUUCCCGACCUUUAAACUUCAUCUAUAUCCAAAUUCUCAAUUAAAUAGCAAUUCCGAACAUUUU